GAAGAAGAGACCAAUGGGAGCGCUCCCCUCUGUGUGACGUAAUGGAGGUGGGUCAGAUCGCAUCAGGUUGGCGACGUGCGAGGAAAACUGUUCGUGACUCCGCGCGAGGCAGUCCGCUCGGCUGAACGGAGAGGGUCCCGGCCACUGGCCUCGCCGCGCCGGUAAGGUUCAGAGUUGACCCGUCUGGAAUCCUCGCACAAGAAGACCCAGCUUCUGUUCGGGAUAGCACAGCGAUCACUCAUGGACAUACAGAGGUCAAAUCCCAUUAACAUAACACGUUAUGGGAGAUCACGGCACAAAGCGCACGACUUCGAGGAGCUAUCUUGCUUGAGGACUACAGAAUCGAGUCAAAGUUUCAGCCCGAAUCUUGGAUCCCCAAGCCCCCCUGAGACGCCGAGCUCCCCGCACUGCAUUUCCUGCAUCGGGAAAUACCUUCUGCUCGAGCCACUGGAAGGGGACCGCGUGUUCCGCGCGGCGCAUGUACACAGCGGAGAGGAGCUCUUGUGCAAGGUGUUUGAUAUCGCUCGGUAUCAGGAGUCCCUGGCUGCGUACUUCUGCCUCUCUGCUCACAGAAAUAUAAACCAAAUAGUGGAGAUUCUGCUGGGAGACACCAGGGCCUACGCGUUCUUCCCGCGGGGCCACGGGGACGUGCACGCGCUGGUGCGCGCCUGUAAGAGGCUGCGGGAGGACGAGGCCGCGCGGCUGUUCCAGCAGAUGGCCUCCGCUGUGGCGCAUUGCCACGACAACCACCUGGUGCUGCGAGACCUCAAGCUCCGCAAGUUCGUCUUCAAGAACCAGAACCGGACCCUGCUGAUGCUGGACAGCCUGGAGGACGCGUGUGUGGUGCAGGGACAGGGGGACUCUGUGUGGGACAGGCACGGCUGCCCCGCGUACGUCAGCCCGGAGGUGCUGAGCGGGGGGGGCAGGUAUUCGGGCCGGGCGGCGGAUGUGUGGAGCCUGGGGGUGAUGCUGUACACCAUGCUGGUGGGGCGAUACCCCUUCCACGAGCCCGAGCCGGCGGCGCUGUUCAGCAGGAUCCGCCACGGCCAGUUGAGCCUCCCUGACGGGCUGACCGCCCGCGCACGCUGCCUCCUGCGCAGCCUGCUGCAGCGCCACCCCGGCCAGCGCCUCACCUCCCGCGAGGUCCUGGAGCACCCCUGGCUGUCCCGCGCGCUGGAGCCCGCGCCCGCCCCCACGCCCCCCUGCGGACGGGCCGCCCGGGGCUCCUGGGACCAGCUGGUGCCCGACGUCAGCGUGCGGGAGGAGCUCGACGCCUUCUUCAGCUGAGGGGGGCGGGGCGGGGCGGGGCGGGGGCGCUACGGCGAUGGGGAGGUUAGAGACCAAUCGAAAACUCUCGCUCGGUGUGUCAUCAACACAUCGGCUCAGCCUGAUGAUCCACCAAUCAGUGAUGUCAGAACCGCGGCGAGUCGCUAGACUGUCUCACUGGAGCGCGUUCCACCGUCUGCUCCCCUGGGAUUUCCUUAUUUUUGGUUGGUUUGUGUAAUUACCCACAGAACUGCAGGUGCUAUCUCUUUCUUUUUCCUGUUUUGCUUUCAGUAAUCUGUAAAGAUCACUCGGAUUAUCCUGCUCCCUGCUUGACCUCUAUAGCUGUAGGCCUUGUAAACAAACUGACUACACAUUCUUAUUUAAAUGGUACCUGA